AUGGAAUCAAACAAUACUCCUAACAGUCAGUCUCAACCCUACUUUAGCCUUCUUAACUUCCCAUAUGACAGCUUUGCUCCCAAUGUAAACAUUGGUUCCUAUCAAAUCCCUGCUUUUAGUUCACAACCAAGUUCACAGCCGAGUCAACCUCCUAGUCAAUCAGAAGAGACAGCAGAACAGCAUAGGGAGAGAAGGAUAUGGUCCACACAAGACGACUUAGUCCUAAUAAGCGGCUGGUUAAACACAUCGAAGGAUGUAGUAGUUGGGAAUGGGCAACAGGCAGGGUCCUUUUGGAUCCGUAUAGGAGACUAUUACGAAACAAGUAGUCAUGUCCGUGGUGGUGCUGAGCUUAGGCGCCCUGACCAUUGUAGACAAAGAUGGCAAAAAAUCAGUAAGGAAGUGAGCAGGUUCUGUGGAGCUUUUGCAGAGGUAGAGGGUGAGAAAGCUAGUGGCAUAAACGAUGUAGAUGUUUUACAAAAUGCUCACCAAAUCUACACUAAGCUGUACAAGAAGAAGUUUGGUUUGGAGUAUGCUUGGAAUGUGCUACGCUAUGAACAGAAAUAG